AUGACGUUGGAAUGCUCCGGCUGCAAGAAGUUGGUUUCGGAGGGCGACUUCGGCUCGUGCUACUCGGUGUACCGGUGUCGGAAGCACCAUAUCUUCAUCAAUUGUUGCUCUGAUUGCCACCGCACGUUCGAGAAGAGGUGCGACAAGGUCCUCUGCUGCGCUGUCAAGCAACAGCACAAGCUCAACAAGGACGGUCAGACGUCCGCACUGCGCAAGCUGCCACCUUGCGAGCGCGACAAGUUCAAGCAGCUGAGCGAGGCGCAGCAGGCGGGGCUGAUGAUCUGCCCGGAAGAGGUAAAAGCCUCCGAGCGGUCGGUGCCACAUUGCGCCCACAUCCUCUCCCGCAGCGGGGGCACCGGACAGCUCGACGGCGCAAUCGAGCAGGACACACAAGCACCACCACCUCCUGCAAGACAGGUGGCCCCACAGCCCAUGGGGUCGGAGGAGCUGCUCGGAGACGACAUGCUCGUCGCACUCCCGAAGGACUGCGAGGGGGCCGACGAGCUCGUUCUGGGCAAGAAGAAGAAAAAGGCGCCCAAACAUAGAAGGGACAGGAAGGGGACGCCGAUCAGCCUCGACUACAACUUCGGGGCGCGGCCGGGCGACCAGGAGUGGGCCGGGCUCGCCGGUGAACGACCUCCCGCCCUCCAGACGCCCCCUCCCUCGCCGCCAGCGGGCUACAAGCACAGGUCCUCGCCCCCCCAGCAGGCGCGGCCGCAGAAGAGCACAGCCCAGGGAGAGCAGGGCGACCUCCUGCCCAGCACGCCGGCCUGCCCCAGCGGGGAGGCGGGCGGCCGGGGCCCCUCACACGGAACCGCCGCGGUGGAGCGGCUGCGGCAGGUGGGGACCCCCGCCAGGAGCCAGGCCGAGCAGCCCUCUGGGCGGCCCGGCCGGGGCGAGGGCCCCCCCGCGCGGGCGGCCCUGGCCGACGUGCCCCAGCGCAGGGAGCCAGGGGCGGCGGCGGCGGAGGCCUCGCCUUGCGAGGCUCGGCCCGUGCCCCGGCCCUGCCCGCCUGGGCCGGCGCCCGCGCUGCCCGAGGGCUGGCGGGCGGUCUGGUGCCAGGAGCACAGCGCCCUCUACUUCUGGCACACCCCGUCGGACCAGACCACGUGGGACCCUCCUGGCCCGCCCAGCCCCGCCGUCGACGCGCCCGAGGCCCUCGCAGCGAGCGCGGCCCUGGCCCGAGCGGGGCCGCAGGAGAGCGCCGCCGUGAGCGCGGGCGCGCUCGGGGCGGCCGGGCGUGCUGUGGAGCGCGCCGCCGCAGGGGCCGCGGGCGGCCGCGCCGGCGGCCGCGACGACGCGCGGGUUCAUAGUGGCGCCGGCGUCGACGAGGAGCGAGGAGGGGCUGCGGGGCAGAGGUUCGUCUGUUCGAGGCACUGGCGGCCCAAGGCUGAGUUCACGAAGUGCCUUCGUCUUCUGCAUGGGGAGUGCGUCUGCGUCAGCUGGGAGGACGGGAGGGAGGACGGAUGGGCCUACGGACGGGCGCUGGAUGACCAGACAAAGGAGGGCUACUUCCCGCGGGCCGUUCUUCGGGAGCUGGAGGGCGAGUUGCGGCCCAGGGCGCCGGGAGAACGGCUAUCGGUCUGCGACAGUUUCGACACGCCCGAAUCCGUGGGCGGUUACGUCUUCGCCCAGCCGGGAGACACGCUGCGGGUGUUGCACCCGAUGGAAGAGCCCUACGUGUGGGCUUACGUCGAGCGCGAGGGGCCGCCCGGAGUGUCAGAGCUCGGCUGGGUGCCGGCCAUCAUCUUCGGGGAGGCCAUAUAG